GGGCGGCCGCCAAGCCUGAGGUAAAUCCCGCUGCUCCUCCCGCCUCUCUUCUCCCUCAGGGCGUUCCCCCACUUCCCUGAGGCGGCGCCAUUUUGUCCCUCCCUCAGCGCGGCCGCCUCAAACCACCUCAGGAGCCUCCGCCCGAGGGCCUAGGGGAGGGUCUGGAGGCGCCUCCCGGCCCUCCCCUUCCCCCUGGGCGUUUAUCCCGGCCCUCCCCUCCUCCCUCCUGGGUCGCUUCCCAGCCCUCCUCUUCGGAGGAGGAGUAGGAGGCGGGUGGGAAAAUGGCGGCGGCCGCGGGUCCGGCGCAGCCCUGGAGCGCGGAGGAGCUGCGGAGCGAGGCGCUGGCCAAGAAGGAGAUCAUCAAAUUCCUGCAGGAGCACGCGGCGCAGGCGUUCCUGGCGGAGCACAAGCUGCUGGGGCAGGUGAAGAACGUGGCGAAGACGGCGAAUAAGGAGCAGCUCAUCGCGGCUUACACGCAGCUUUUCCACACGCAGCGGUUCAAGGGCACGGACGGCGCGGAGAAGGCGGCGGAGAAGGCGAAGCCGGCCAAGGCGGAGGAGGCCAAGGGGAAGGCGGUGAAGGCUGAGGAGGCUGUGGAGGAGGGGCCACCAAAGUAUACAAAAUCCAUUUUAAAGAAGGGCGAUAAAACCAACUUCCCGAAGAAAGGAGACACUGUGCACUGCUGGUACACGGGAAAGCUGCAGGAUGGGACAGUCUUCGAUACCAAUAUUCAAUCAAGCUCAAAGAAGAAAAAAGCAGCCAAGCCCUUGAGUUUCAAGGUUGGCGUAGGAAAAGUGAUCCGAGGUUGGGAUGAAGCCCUGCUGACCAUGAGCAAAGGAGAGAAGGCCCAGCUGGAAAUCGAGCCCGAGUGGGCCUACGGGAAGAAGGGGCAGCCCGAUGCCAAGAUUCCCCCGAACGCAAAGCUCUUCUUUGAAGUGGAGCUGGUGGACAUCGAGUGAGGAGUGAAUUCCCCUUGCUGCUGGGAACCCAGGGACUGGUGCUGGGGAUCCAGUUCCAGCCUGGCCCUGUGGAAAGGGAGCGCUGUCCCUGCCCCUCUGUACAGUGACACCACUAAACCAGUUUGUACCCUC